CUCUCGUCUCACUGUGAAUCAGCCCUUCGCACAUGCGCAGAACAGUCCGCAACGACCACUUCCUGCAAAAUAGUGCUCCCUAACAACAGACAAAGCUUCAUAUGGUGGUUUCAACCAAAGGCGCUUAAUUAAAAGCGUUCCUCCAUCGCUCCUUCAAUGCAGGGUCCCGCCAGGCUCUCCAGGUACAGAGAGUAGGCUGAGUGUGCAGACAUGUCGGGCCGCUCCGCUGCAGAGAUGGAUGACUCGCAGGAGCUGCCGGCAAAGAAGGCCAAGAUUGACGUAGAUGGCAAACUGAAGAAAGAGUCGGGUGAUUUGGGGGAUGAUGGGAGCCCAGCCGCUGUUUUAGGUUCAUCAGAGCAGGAGAACUCAUAUUCUGCCCUGUCCACAGCCCAAAUUGAUCCAGGUGAACAGGAGCAGUCCAGCGCAGAGAGGGGAGCUGCAUCUCAACCAUGUGGUGACUCAAUUAACUCGUACGGUCAUUCUGCCACCGAUGCCACAGCCACAUCUGAAUACACCCAACAGGUUUAUCAGGGAAGCAACCCAGCAGUAACGUCAUACACCAGUCAGGUGGCGUUUCCUCCUCUGGCCCAGUCCACUGUGUACUCAUCCUUCCCCCAAACAGGCCAGACCUACGGUCUCCCACCUUUUGGUGCUAUGUGGCCAGGCAUAAAAACAGAGACAGGGCUGCCUGAUGCGCCCUCUGGUGGCCAGCCUGGGUUUCUCAGUUUCAGCUCCACAUAUACCUCAACCCAGCCAGGCCAGCUGCACUACUCAUACCCCAGCCAAGGCUCAAGCUUCACAACAUCCAGUGUGUAUUCCAACAUCCCUUCAGCUACAGCCGCGACUACAACCGCCUCGGCGGUGGCCCAUCAGGAUUUUAGCAGCUAUAACUCUCUGGGACAGAGUCAGUUCUCUCAGUACUACACUCUUCCUCCCAGCUACGUGCCUGCUGGGCUACCUAACAGUGAUGACCACAGUGGCGGUGCAGGUGUUGCUGGAUAUUCAGCAGUGAAAUCAGAGGAGGCCGCCUCAGCUGGACUGCCUCCUAGAGAUGCGUCCCCACCAGAAAACCUGCCUGUUUGUGCGGCUCUUCCUACAGCUGUGGCAGUGCCCGCUGGAGCUCGAGAUCAGGACGAGGUCGGCCGCAGGAACUCGGUGGGCAAAGCCAAAGGGAAGGGCAAGAAGUCUGAUAACUCUCCACCUGCUGAGAGUGACCUGGAGCGCAUUUUUCUAUGGGAUUUGGAUGAAACCAUCAUUAUAUUCCACUCUUUGCUCACCGGCUCUUAUGCGCAGAAGUUUGGCAAGGACCCGGCGACUGUGUUGAACUUGGGCUUGCAGAUGGAGGAGCUGAUCUUUGAGCUGGCAGACACCCAUCUUUUCUUCAAUGACCUCGAGGAGUGUGAUCAAGUCCAUGUUGAGGAUGUGGCGUCUGAUGACAAUGGACAGGACCUGAGCAACUACAACUUCAUGGCGGAUGGAUUUAACGGCCCCAGCGGUGGAGCUGCAUCAGGAACCACCACAGGAGUUCAGGGAGGGGUGGAGUGGAUGCGUAAACUGGCUUUUCGUUACCGCCGUCUAAAAGAGAUCUACAAUACUUACAAAGGAAAUGUCGGGGGCCUGUUGAAUCCCAUCAAGAGGGAGCUGCUGUUGAGGCUUCAGUCCGAGAUCGAGAAUGUUACAGACUCCUGGCUCAGCACUGCGCUCAAGUCUCUGCUGCUCAUCCAGUCCAGGGGGAAGUGUAUGAACGUGUUGGUCACCACGACUCAGCUGGUUCCAGCUCUGGCCAAAGUGCUGCUCUACGGCCUGGGAGACGUCUUCCCCAUCGAAAACAUCUACAGUGCCACAAAAAUAGGAAAAGAGAGCUGCUUUGAGAGGAUCGUCUCUCGCUUUGGGAAAAAAGUGACUUAUGUGGUGAUCGGUGACGGCCGAGAUGAGGAAUUUGCAGCAAAACAGCACAACAUGCCUUUCUGGCGGAUCUCCAGUCACGGCGACCUCGUGUCCCUUCACCAAGCGCUGGAACUGGACUUCUUGUAACGAGGAUGCUGUUGAAUGUUGUGCACUCAAAGGGAAAACGUUGUCGUCGUACUGGUGACUUGUGGAGUGAAACUGUGUGUGUGGAAAAAUUCUCCACAAGCCCAACAAUCCACACUCACCUGUUAGAAAUCUGCUCUCGCUGUCCGACGACUUGCAACUCGCUGUGUGUUGGUGAACGCUUUGAGGCGGACUUUGGGUCAGAGCCGCCUGCGAGAAACAAACUGGACGCGUCAGUCAUCAGAAGUAAGGUUCCUCUCGCCCAGCACCCCCUCCUCUACGGCAGCUAAGCUCACUGCGGCUGAAACUGGCACUGAUUUGGACACGGAAGGGAUGACUUCUAUUAUCCAGCUGCUUCACGGUUUUUGGCUUUUGUUUUCACAUAAACAUCCAAAAGUCCUGCAGCAAACAUCAUCCCUCAACUCUCACUGAGUUUAAACGGCUAAAGAGACGUUGUUUGUUGGUGGCUUUGUCUGUGGAGGUUGUCAUAGCUUUUUAUUUUGAAAAAUCUCUUUCCGGGGUGACUUGAAAACAUCAUUUUGCCUUUGUUUUUCAUUAUGUUCCUGACAGUCAUCAAGUAUCAAUUAAUCCCACUUUUAUGUGUUGCCUCUCAUGUAGCCAGACCGUUAUUAAACAAAAGGUACUCAGUGAUGGAGGGCAGCAGGGGCCAUUAAUCUCUGACUGUCACGACAAGACCAAACCACACCAUCAGUCAGCACCAUCAGUUCUGACCUCUCCACUGUGUGUGAUCCGUGGUCACCGAGCAUGUGCUAAGGAUAAGAGAUGCAAACUGCAGGAAGUGGUAAUAAGUGUGGGAAAACAUGCACAGAGCAUCAUCAGUUUCAUGGAUGACUGGGCAGAAGGAUCACAAUUUUAUUAUUAUUAUUUUUCCCCCAUUGUUUGGUUUUCAGACUCAUGGCUUCAUUUGAUGUUUUAGGCAAGAAAACAAAUAUGUGACUUAACAGAAUACUGCAAAAAUAAGUAAUAAAAGUUUAAUAAAUGAUAAAGAAUAAAUAAUAUAAUAGCCUCCAAUUACACUCCAGGGCUGGACUACAUAUGUAGAACUACAUCCACUAAAUAUCUGACGUUGGUGUAGUCAUCCUUUUUCCUCUUGUGGCUGUAAAGAGCUUCUUUAAUUGAAGCUGAAAGCUGAAGUUUUGUCAUGACUGGUGAUGUUUUGAAUAUAUUUGGACUUGAAAACAUUUUUCCACCCUAUGCCAAUGAUAAUCAACACUCUUUGUGUCCUUUGGGCUCCUCAGAGCGCAGUCCCAAGUGUCCUUGAAUUCCCAGAAGAGAGGUGGAGUGACAAAUCUGUAACCAGAACGAAACCGUGAUUCAAAGGUCCGCACUAUCAUAUUCAUUUCACUGUGAUAUGGAUCUGUUGAUGCCUGGUUAAAGUGUGCUGGUUUGGUCUUUCCAAAAUUGUUCUAGUACAAGUGAACACCCGAUUAAUGGGAGAUUAUUUUUUGCUCAUAAGCUAAUCACAAAGUAGAAGUCUUCUUUUCACUUUCCUCCUAUUUAAAGAAAAACUGAGUCCAUCUGUGGUUUUACAGAAAUGUUACACAGCUGAAGAUCAUGUAGCGUUCUUAUUUCUUCGAUGACCCAAGUAACCCAAGUAUGUUUUCAGAGUGUUUGAGUAGGAAAAUAUGAGCAUCCAUGGCUGGAUUACUGAGACGACCCAGCGGGGACACAUGAGACUAAACCAGACGCUUUCAUACAUGUGCCGUAGCCCUGAAAUGUUUUUGACGUUACCUUGUCUGAUUCGGUCCAUUGGGGUCAAUAACCUGCGCCUCUCUAAAACAAAUACACGAGAACGGAGGAGCUUUGUUUGCUCUGCUUUCUGCACGCAAACUUCAACCGAACAUAUUCCCACAAAUGAGAACACGUCUGAAGCAGAUUACUUCCUGGUGUGCAGGGAGGACAUAGUUCCGGGUUCAUGUGUAAACUUGAUGGCGGAGUUUCUCACACAUGGAUUAAUCAAAGUCCUCGAUCAUGAGACUUUGUUCUUCAGAGAUCAUCACAGUGAGUUAUUCUUAUAAUCUGGGAAACUUGCUGACUUUCAGAUGAAAGCAUAAAAUAUUCUGGAGUGUUGUUUUUCUUUUAUCGUCUUUGUUGUUUGUUGAUUUUCGUUCUUUCUGUUUAUUUUUUUCUUUUUUUCAUAAAAGUAUUUUUUCAUUGUUUUUCAAAGUACCAGAAAACUUGCAGCCGAAUAUUUUUGGCUUUUUGAGGCUCUGUUGGUCUUAUUGGAGUCGUAGAUAUGAUGUGCAUCAAAUUACUAAUUAGGAAGAUGAUUAAUAAUUAGAUGCAGUCUUAAUUUUGUCUGUGAAUGUCAGAAAGUGGUACAGAAGGCAGCCUAAGACCCAGAUAUUAUUAUAAUAAAGGGGGAAAAAAAGAAGUAAACGAGACAUGGCUUUACACACCUCCUCAGUUACUUUGAGUUAUCGUCACUCAGCCUCACAACAACCCAAAGUCUUUCUAAAUCAUAUAGGAGGGAAUCAAAAAUAAAGGAUGACAGUGCAAUAAACUUCUUUGCUCAUUAACUGUAUUUCGAGGGGUUUGUUUUGUUAUGUAGACGGCGAGGAGCGCAGAGGGAUGGACCUUCCCCAGUCUGAAUGAGAUUAAGACUGAACAAUAACUGAGCCUGAAGAAGAUUUUCACACACAUGCAGCUUGACCGUUAAGAAUGUGUAUUUGUGUGUCGUUUUGUUUGUGUCCUGUGUGCAUAUUUAUAUUGUGCCUUUAACCAUCAUCUGUCUGCUUAAUCUCAAAGGGAAAUAUCUUUUUAUGUUUGAUACACGUAUCUCUGCAUUGUUAUUAUCCAAAGUGUUAUUUUACUUUAUUUUUAUCUCAAUACUUUUUAAGUACUGUCGAGAUUUUCUUUUGUUACUGAGUUUGACUUUUUUGACUUGAUUGUUCUGUCUGCACUGCAACUGAAAGGUCUGGUAGAAAACUCCACAUGCUCAGUGUUUAAAGAAAUUUAAAGUUCGGCGUUCAGAUGUUUUCCUCCUUUUGACGAGGAGACUUUUUUUUUUCUUUUGCUGUGAAACAUUUAGCAUCGCUUAGACAAUCACAAUCCCCGAUGUUUGGUGUUUUUAUUUUUUAUGGCAGGUCAGAAGGUGAAAGCAGCUGUAACAAAGCGUGCUCGUUCUGUCGUUCAGUUACUACCUUAGUGAAUCCAAGGGAGAACGAGCAGUCCUCAAACAGAAAACUGAGACCUUUGCAUCUGUUCAGCUUAUUGAAUGUUUAUUUCUUUACUUUGUCUGCAUGUCACGCCUGUUUUGAAGUAUAUUAUCAUGGCCGUACAUAAUGACCAUGAAAUGUUUAAGGGACUAUAAUCUUAGAUUUUCUUUUUUUUAUGCCAAAUAUUGCUGUUAUUCAAAAGCUGUUUAUUUUAUAUAUAUUUCAUCUCAUUUUCAGACAUGUGAGGCUGUUUGCGGUCACAUAGAGAGCCUGAAACUCAACACUAUCAUAAUAAUCAAUGCUAAUUAUUUAAUGACAGUAAUCACUAUUUCCUCCCAACAGCCCUGUAAGGUUUUCCUGUGUAAGACAAUAUAAUGUAAAUACAUUUUAAAGGUUUCAGACUCAA